GCUAAUUAUAUUUCUGAUAAAAAAAUAAAAACCAGUUUUCAAAGUCAAUUUAAAAACCUCUCCUUACUCAAAAACCAUUAUUGUCAAUGCUUAUGUUCACAUUUAGCUCACACAUUCUUUGAAAAAAGCCAAGAUUUUUACCCUAUUUUUCUUUGUGUUUUUUUGCUUCAAAUUUCAAAUCUUUUCUUACAAUUCUAUGAAAUUCAAUUCUCUUACAAAAUCAAGAACGCAACUUUUUAGUUUCAUGAACCUUUCUUCAAAUCCCCACUUAGCCAAAUGAAUCAAACCAAUACCACAAAAAAAAGGCAAAGAAAAACAAAUUUGAGACAAGAAACUGAAGAUACAAAUUCUUAUGAAGAAGACAGCAACAACUCAACCAAGAAGACAAAGGAUUUAAAGGGUAUUAUUACAUCAUUGGUUUUGUUAGAAGAACAAGAAAAAUUUGAUGAAUUAGAGACUAAUCAAGCUUCUUAUGAAGAAAAACAAUUGCUUGAAGCUAAUCAUAGUAAAAAAACUGGAACAAUGGUUGAAUACUAUUCUAAUCUUCAAGAUUACUACUCAGAAGCGGAAGAAACUGAUUCUUUUAAGCGAAAGAAAUCGCGGGCUGUAGCUAAUGCUGCUGUUGCUGUUUCUGCUGCUUCAACUGGUGGUGGUGGUGCAAAACAAGGUGGAGGUGGUGGUGGAGGUGGUGGUGGUCAACAGCAGAGGAGAUUAUGGGUGAAGGAUAGAGAUAAAGAAUGGUGGGAUGAAUGUAAUAGACCUGAUUUUCCUGAGGAGGAGUUCAAGAAAGCUUUUAGAAUGAGUAAGUCAACUUUUGAUAUAAUUUGUGAGGAGUUACAUUCUUGUAUAGCUAAGGAAGAUACAACUUUGAGAAAUGCUAUUCCUGUCAGGCAAAGAGUUGCUGUCUGUAUUUGGAGAUUAGCUACUGGUGAGCCACUCAGACUUGUCUCAAAAAGGUUUGGUUUAGGUAUUUCAACUUGUCAUAAACUAGUUCUUGAGGUUUGUUCUGCUAUCAGAAAUGUUUUAAUGCCUAAGUAUUUACAAUGGCCUGAUGAGGAUGGUUUGAGUAAGGUUAAGCAUGAAUUUGAAUCAAUUUCAGGGAUUCCUAAUGUUGUUGGUUCUAUGUAUACUACUCAUAUACCAAUUAUAGCUCCUAAGAUUAGUGUUGCUGCUUAUUUUAAUAAGAGACAUACCGAAAGGAAUCAGAAAACUUCGUAUUCAAUUACUGUUCAGGGUGUUGUUGAUCCAAAUGGAGUGUUUACUGAUGUUUGUAUCGGUUGGCCCGGUUCGAUGCCGGACGAUCAGGUUUUAGAGAAGUCUGCUUUGUUUCAGAGGGCUAAUGGUGGUCUUUUGAAAGAUGUUUGGAUUGUUGGUAGUUCAGGGUACCCUUUGUUGGAUUGGGUUUUGGUGCCUUAUACACAGCAACAUUUGACAUGGACUCAACAUGCUUUUAAUGAGAAAAUUGGUGAGAUUCAAAAUGUUGGUAAAGAAGCAUUCACAAGAUUGAAAGGUAGGUGGAGUUGUUUGCAGAAAAGAACAGAAGUGAAACUACAAGAUUUGCCUGUUGUUCUUGGUGCUUGUUGUGUUCUGCAUAAUAUUUGCGAGUUGCGUAAAGAGGAAAUCGAUCCGUCGCUCAAGAUCGAUGUUUUUGAUGACGAAAUGGUGCCUGAAGUUGCUUUGAGAUCAGUAAGUUCAAUGAAAGCUAGAGAUAAUAUUGCUCAUAAUCUUUUGCACCAUUGUCAUGCAGGCACUGGUUUUCUAUAGUUCAAACUGUAAUUUGCUCAACUUGGUAUUGAAUUUUUUGUCUUUUGAUUUGUUUUUUUGGUUACAUUUUUAGAAUACCACAGUUGUCAUUCAUCAUACACCCCCUAGAUAGGCAAAUACUAGCCUUUUCAGUUUUAAAUUACACACAUAGAUCAUAGUCACACUAUGUAACCUAGUUAUGAAUCUCAAUUUCAGAAUAUAUAUGAAUGAAACUGACAUUGUUUGUAUCA